AUAAACAGCUGUUGAAAAUUGUAAAUAUUUUCAAAGUUCAUUUUAUCUUUUAAUUUUACAUAUUGCUAUAAUGAAUAGUUUGGGUUUAAGUUUAAUUUUCAAAAUGGGCUGUAUAUGUGCAAAAGAAACAGUAACGGUAAAUGGUAGAAAAUAUACUAUUUUGGAGCACCUUGGAGAAGGAGGUUUUAGUACUGUAUCUUUAGUCGAAGAUAGUUUAUCACAUAAUAAAUAUGCAAUCAAAAAAAUUAUAUGUCAUGGUCUUGAAGAUCAACGAUUAGCCAUUAAAGAAAUAGAAUAUCAUUCUAUUGUUAAACAUCCUAAUGUUAUAGAAUUAAUUAAUUCUACUCAUCAAGGAACAGCUGAUCCUGUCAUUAAUACAACAAGCGAAGUUUUAAUUGUCUUGCCUUAUUAUCGUAAAGGAACUUUGGCUCAUGAAUUAGAGAUGCGCUCCAAGAUACACGAAUACAUGAAAUCGACGGAUAUAAUAAAUAUAUUUUUACAAAUUUGUGAAGGAAUUAAAGCAUUUCACGAAGCCAAGCCCGAAGCUCUUGCUCAUAGAGAUUUAAAGACUGCAAAUAUUCUUUUAGAUGAUGGAAUGUCACCAAUAAUAAUGGAUUUAGGUUCGGUAGCACCGGCAAGAGUAAAAGUGUGUGGAAAUCAAGCAGCACAAUCGUUACAAGAAUUGGCAGCGGAAAGAUGUUCGAUGCCAUACAGAGCACCAGAACUUUUCAAUGUUGAAAGUUAUUGCAUGGUUGAUGAACGAACAGAUAUAUGGUCGCUAGGUUGUAUUUUGUAUGCAAUGUGUUUUUUUAAGUCUCCUUUUGAUACAGUAUAUGAAAGAGGAGACAGUGUUGCACUUGCAGUUAUCAGUGCAAAUAUAACAUUUCCAGAGAGUGCGCCGUACAAUGAUGAUAUGCAAAAUUUAAUACUAUCAAUGCUUAAGGUCAAUCCAAUGGAACGCCCAUAUAUUUACAGUGUGAUUGAAAGUGCUCACGAAGUAUUAUCAAGAUUAGAAGGAAGAGUUUAAUUUAUUAAUUUCAGAAAUUAACUUUUUCUUAAAAACUGUAUAUUCUUAUU